UUUAUUUCGAAUAUAAUUUUUCAUUUCCAGGCUCCUUCUUCUCCCUCGGUGAGGUCGAAGUUUCUUCUUGUUCGUCUUCUUCGGCAUCUCUCUCUCUCUCUCUCUCUCUCUCUCUCUCUCUCUCUUCCUUUUUAAUAUGCAAAAUCUUGAUUUGGGUUCUCUUCAGAACAUUCGAAGGAUGAGAAACUCUGUAAAGAGACAGCUCUCCCUUCUUCUCUUCUUCUUUCUCCAAUCUCUUACUCAUGAUUUCGCCAUGGCUGGAAACAGAAUCACAAGAGGAGAGUCCUUGAGAGAUGGAGAUGAUCACGAGCCUCUUGUCUCUCCCGACAAGAUCUUCGAACUAGGGUUCUUCAGCCUUGGAACCUCCACGUCACGGUAUCUCGGGAUUCGUUACGGAAACAUCGAAGACAAAGCCGUCGUCUGGAUUGCGAACAGGGCGAAGCCCAUCUCGGACAAAUCCGGAGUUCUGACGCUCGGUAACGACGGAAACCUCGUCCUGUCGGAUGGAAACAACAGCGUCGUUUGGUCUUCUGGCACGAAAAUCGAAUCCAGCAGCAACACAGAAGCCGUUCUUAGAGAUUCUGGGAACUUCCUUCUGUCUGAAACUGGCAAAAGCAAGGUUUACUGGCAGAGUUUUGAUCACCCAACUGACACGUUCUUGCCUGAGAUGAGAGUAAAAGUGAAUCAGAGGAUGGGAGAAAACCGGGCAUUCGUCUCGUGGAAAUCUUCGGAUGAUCCUUCUCCGGGGAAUUUCACCAUGGGAGUAGAUCCUUCAGGAGCGCCAGAGAUCGUGGUCUGGGAAGGAAACGGGACUAGAAAAUGGAGAAGUGGGCAAUGGAAUUCGGCGAUUUUCACCGGCAUACCGAAUAUGGCAGCGUCGACGAAUUAUCUUUACGGGUUUAAGCUUUCGUCUCCUCCGGACGAAAACGGUAGCGUGGACUUCACUUAUGUCCCCUCAGAUCGCUCUGUCUUGUUAAGGUUUCGGGUACUUCCCAAUGGGACAGAACAAGAGUUAAGAUGGGACGCAGACAUAAAGAAGUGGACCAUUUUUCAGUCCGAGCCUGAUUUCGAGUGCGAUGAGUAUAACCGGUGCGGGAAUUUCGGUAUCUGUAACAUGAAGAACGCUGAGAUAUGCAGUUGUAUCAAAGGGUACGAACCGGUUUCUCCAGGAGAUUGGAGCAAAGGGUGCAGAAGAAGGACAGAGUUGAAGUGUCAGAGCCAGAGGACGAACGCCAGUACCGUUCUUGAAGGCCAAAAAGACGAGUUUUUCACAUUGAAGACGGUGAAGUUGCCAGAUUUCGAGAGAGUAUUGGCUUCGACUGAUUCGGACAAGUGCAAGGAGAAAUGUCUGGAGGAUUGCUCCUGCAACGCUUACGUUUUCGCUAACGGGAUCGGAUGCAUGGUCUGGAACGGUUCCUUGGUCGACGUACAACAGUUCACGAACGGCGGAGCCUCGCUUCAUAUCCGUCUCGACGGUUCUGAAUUAGGGACGAACCAUGUAUCCAGUCUCGUGAUCAUCAUUCCAGUUGUGGUUGGCGUGAUCUUGCUAGGCGGGAUUCUUCUGUUUCUGUGUAGAUUCAGGAGAAGAAAAGCAACUUCUGCAUCAGCUUGCUGUCAGAACAACGAUGUCUCGGCCGUUGAUGUGACGAGAAGCAAAGGAUCCUCGGCCGCAGCGAUUUCGGGAUCGAUUGAUAUCGUGAUCGAAGGGAAGCCGGUAAACACAUCCGAGUUGCCCGUCUUCAGUCUCAGCACCGUUUCUGCUGCGACGUACAACUUCUGCAGAGAAAACGAGCUCGGAAGAGGCGGUUUCGGGCCCGUCUACAAGGGAGUGCUUCAAGACGGACAAGAGAUAGCCGUGAAGAGAUUGUCGGGAAAGUCAGGGCAAGGAGAUGAGGAAUUCAAGAACGAGAUCAUCCUCAUAGCGAAGUUACAGCACAGGAAUCUUGUUAGGCUUUUAGGAUGUUGCUUCGAGGGCGAAGAGAAAAUGCUCGUUUACGAGUAUAUGCCGAAUAAAAGCCUCGACUUUUUCCUCUUCAAUGAAUCGAAACGAGCAUUGCUGGACUGGAAGCUGCGGUUUUCGAUCGUGGAAGGGAUUGCAAGAGGGCUGCUUUACCUGCACAGAGAUUCAAGACUGAGAAUCAUUCACAGAGAUAUGAAGGCGAGUAAUGUGCUGUUAGACGCAGAGAUGAACCCUAAGAUUUCGGAUUUCGGGAUGGCGAGAAUAUUCGGCGGAAACCAGAACGAGGCUAACACGGUUCGCGUCGUGGGCACGUACGGAUACAUGUCGCCGGAAUACGCGAUGGAGGGGCUUUUCUCGGUGAAAUCGGACGUUUACAGCUUCGGAGUACUGUUGCUCGAGAUUGUAAGCGGGAAGAGGAACACGAGCUUCCGAUCCUCCGAACAUGGAAGCCUCAUCAACUAUGCGUGGAAUCUGUGGAGCCAUGGAAGAGCAGAGGAGCUCGUGGAUCCGUCGAUAAGGGAAUCGUGUUCGAAACCUGAAGCUCUGAGAUGCAUACACGUGGCAAUGCUGUGCGUUCAGGAUUCGGCGGUGGAGCGACCGAACAUGGCUUCGGUUCUGUUGAUGCUGGAGAGCGAGACGGCGGCGCUUGCUCUGCCCAGACAGCCGACCUUCGCUUCGAGACGAAGCUCCAUCGACGUCAACUUCGUUCUUGAUUCCAGCCAGUACGUCGUCUCUUCCAAUGAGAUCACUUCUACUCUUGUUCUUGGACGAUAAUAUCCAAAAGGUUUUUUUUUUUUUUGAAAUUCGUUUGAUUUUGGUGAUGUAAAUGGAGCCGUUUAAAUCAUUGAUUUAGUUUUAUA